UAAUAAUACAAACCCAUUGACUACUAUUACUACUACUAAUACUACUACUACUACUGGUAGCGAAAAGUUGCGCCCAAUUUGUGAAGAUGUUAAGGAAAUGUCUCCAAUCGAGAGCACCGGUAGAUUGACGGCGCAAAUGAUGACAAAAAUGUCGGCAAAUAAUAGUAAUAAUAAUAAUAAUAAUAAUAUAGUGUUUGACGAGUUGGACGAGUGUUGUGAUGAUUAUCAACAACAACUAAAUGACAAUAAUAAGGAUAGUAAUAAUGUUGUUGUGGCCGGGGAUACAAUUAAUAGGUGUGUCCAACAACAAGCAAUUAGUGGCAAAUUUUAUCAAAACCUAACCAAACGUACAACCAAUCGRYUGUGCCAUUGGGUACAAACUAAUUGGCCGACAACUACUAAUAGAAAACAUAGACAACCAUCAGGUUCGGGGGGUCAAUCAUCAGCAGCAGCAGCACAGGUAGCUACUAGUGCUACUACUAGUACAACAGCUACUACUACUACUACUACCAGUAGUACCGGUCCUAUUGAUCUGAGACAAUGUUUGCCGCCAAUGUAUCACAAUUCAAAAAAUAUGGCCAAAAAUAUCAAGGAGCAAAAACGUAAACUAUUUCACAGUCCUGUCUACGAAUCGGAACAGCAGCUAAAAAAACUAUACAUCCAAACGUGUAAACGGUUGCCGGCAUACGGUUGCCGACUGUUUCACGUCAAGGAACUCCUACGCGGAAAAACCAAUCGUAGGGCUACCCGACUGUUGGGUAUAUGUCUCGAACGUAUAGUACUAUUGGACAGUAAGACUCUGCAACCGUCGGCCAAAUGUCAGCCAACCAGUCAACUACAACAGUGGCGUACGGGUGGCGGCCGUUCACACGAUCGGCUGGUACUGGAGUUUCGCGGUACUAAAUGGUCGUUCAUAACGCCGUCCCAUAGUUCGCUCCGGGCUAUCGGUACUGUUUUGUGGGAGAUUAUGCAGGACUUGGACUCAAGGUUUUUGGACGAUAUAUUGAUUACCGAUCGGGAACAGCUGGACGAUGAUUGUCGGCGAGCAUUCAGACACGGUUUCGGUUACGGUUUGGAUAAUAAAGUUUUACAAUUUAGGGAUGAAUUGCUUAGAUUGGAGUCGUUAUUACAUUUUCCAGAGGAAGUGGCUCUCAGGCUAACUGAUGUUGAAUACCAAUUAUUUUAUAGUAUAGCUCCCAUACAUUAUAUAAGACAAGUAACUAUUGGCUUAAGUAAUCGCGAGUCGUUUAACAUUUAUAAUACCAAUCAAUCAAUACAAUCAAACAUAGAUAUGUCAAUGACUGUUAAAAAAUUGAUCGACAGAUUUAAUGAGGUCUCUUCAUGGGUGACGCAUAUAAUCAUAUCACAGCCGACACAUGAAAUGAGGAAAGCCGUUUUAUCGUGUAUAAUGCGUGUGGCACAAUGUUGUUGGAACAUGGCCAAUUUUAAUUCGGCUACCGAAAUAUUAGCAGGGUUAAAAUCUGAAAAAUUGAAACCAUUUUGGCUGUCCAUCUGUACAAAAGAUCAGCCGGUGCUCAAAGAACGGCUAUCCUCAGCCCUGUUAUCCAUGUCUGGCGAACCAUCGGCUGAAUACCGAUCGGCAGUUACCCGUGCACUGGAUAUACCCGAUUCAAAGGUCAUACCGUUUUUCGGUGCCUUUUUAAAGGAUCUUAAAUGCAUUUUACGGGGUAUGCCAUCGCUGGUAGUAUUGCCAGUCGAUGACGACGACUACUACUAUACAGUGGCCGGUAAUGAUAGAGCCGGUGCCGGCAGUAAUGCACGUAAUGUCCAACAAAUUAAUUUAGAUUUUAUCGCCGAUUUUAAUGGUGACGAUCACUAUAUGUCCCGGAUAGGUGUGGGCGGUAUAAUCAAUAUGGAAAAGAUGUACAAAACGCACGAAGUAUUAGAUAAUAUCCGUGCAUUUCAUUUGCAUCAACAGCGCCGACAACACCAACAACAACAACAACAACUGUUACUAAUGAUGGACAACAACAACGACACCGUCGGUAAAGACCCGCCGCCGCCGCCAAUGGACACAUCGAUAUCGCCAACAAACAGCUAUUGUCUCAAUCAAAUGCUGUACACUUGCGGCGGUGGUAUCGCUGGUGACGGACUAACCCAUAAGGUUAUUGACGGCGACAACAGCAACAACAACGCCCAGGAAGACGACUUGCACUAUAAGCUGGAUGUCGGCGAUACAGCCUAUCGGCCGAUUCAGCCGCUGGCCAACAGCGGUCACGGUGUCUCAUUUGUACCUAUUUCUAUCGAUGGCAGUAUUAUCGACUUGCAUCAGCUACAGGCCAUGCAUCACGGCCUGACGUGUGUCCACUACGAGGAGGACACUGGCCGAUCGGCGGUAGUCUAUCUGCAGUUGGAACAGUCAAACGCUACGUUGAUCUGGUGUCGGCCGACCUGGUCGACGGCCAUACGUACGCAAACCGGUGUUACGCCGCAGGACUAUUCGUUGCCGACAAAUAUCGAGGACACUGUACAGCCGGCUAUUGUGGCCAAAUACGAGAGCAAAGAGCCGGCCAUUCUCGGUCUGGACGAAGGCUACAUUGAUCUUCAAUAUGUAAAAGAUGUCCGCAUCGGGCAGUCGUCGGCCGAUCUGACACUGAUUGCCCGCCGACACGGUCUGUCCGAUUCGGAACUACUUUCGACGACGGCGGCUGCCGACGGUUACAACGGUUCAAACAACAACAAUAACUCGUCCGUUAAGCUAUUGUUCGGUACCAAUCUGUCGGACAAUCGAUCGGUAGAAUUUAUAUCACCAAAAUCGGUGGCCACUGUCUGGUCGGACGGCCUACGGUGUUUGUUUCGGUUACAACAGCAACAAAAACAACUAACCGAUCAGCGAAUUGUUUGGCUAAAAGACAAAUACUUGCAGCUGUACUACGAGGACGCCGUGUGUUCGGGUCCGACACCGGCCGAAGCUAUUCGGGUGUUUGGCGGACGCAAGUGGACACUGGAUGCUAUGGGUGCCGGCUAUAUGUCGUCGUCGACACCGACGCACACGGAUUUGUCAUCAUCGGCAGCAGCGGCAGCAGUGGCCGGCGCCGCCUCGACUGCCAACAAACACAAAGACUCGGCCAAUCGGAUAAAGAAGAAAAAAUCGUCCGUUAGUUUGACCGCCGCCCGUGACAGCAGUCCCCGCGGCGGCGGCGGCUGCGGUGAUCUGGAUCCGAGUCCGGCCGGUUCGGCUCACGGGUCGCCGUCGAUCAAACAGCGUAUCUAUAAUCUCAAGUUUCAAUCGUCGCAGAAUCGGCUGCUCCAGAGUUCAGCAGCCGCGGCCACUGCCGCCGCCGCCACUGCCGUCGAUAAAUCCGAUGCCGAUUCCCGAUCCAACAUCGAAACCAUUAGCAACGUAUCCGGCGGUAGUUCAUGCGAUGUCCACCAAACGGCUGGCAGUGGCGGCGGCGGCCGAUUGACGGCUAACACCGGCAGCGGUCCUACCAUUCAUACCAAUUCGCUGACCCAUCACUACAGGGAAAAGUUUUCCACAACAUCGACAACACCGACGCCGUCUAAGACCAACCAAACAACAACACAUAACGACUCCACGACUACCGGUGCCGGUGUUGACAGUCAUUUGCUGACACCAUCUAAAUUGCCGACAACUAAGACAACGAUAACACAUUCAUCGCAAAUGAAUUUCUUAGAAUUUCAGGAACUGUUUCGUUCGUUUAUCAUUAGAUCCAGACGUGAUAUCAAAGAUAUCUUCGAACAGAUUGCCACCAAACCGGACAUUCAUUUGUUUGGCAGCGGUGUCGGUCCAGAAACAGUUGGCGGCGGCGGCGAUACAUUGACUGCCAGUAUUACUACUACUACUACUACUAAUACUACCGCUGGCGGCGGUCCUGCAGUAGUCAGUGGACAACAACAACAACAACAUCCGAAACUAAGUAUCGACUUAACAAUGAGUCCGACAAUGUCCACAACCAGCGAUGUUAGCGGCUAUUACUGCGGCGGCGGCGGUAAUAAUACUAACACUACUACUACUAGUAGUAGUAGUCAACAGCAAAUGUUGGGACUGUUGACCCGAAACUCGGCCUACGAUCGUACGGAUGAUUCGUAUCAGAAAUCGCGUAUAUUCGAUGCUAUUGCCGCCGCAUCGAUAGUGGCCAACAGUUCGGGUAUCGAUACCUUGAAAACAAUGUUGUUGACGGCUACCGAUUUCCAAGCGUUCAUCCUAACCUAUCAGUGCGAAUCGGUAACCAUCGAUGAUGUCCGUCAGCUGAUCCAGCGUCACGAACCUAAUCCGGCGAUACGGCGCCGCCGGUGUCUAUCGUUUGAAGGUUUUGCCCGCUAUCUGAUGGAUAAAGACAACUAUGCCUAUACACCGGAGAGGUAUACAAUCAGCGAACAUGAUAUGAACGAACCGCUGUCCCACUACUAUAUGGCCUCMAGUCAUAACACCUAUUUGACUGGCCAUCAGCUCAGGGGCGAGUCGUCCGUUGAAUUGUACAGUCAGGUGCUGUCUACCGGCUGCCGGUGCGUUGAACUAGACUGUUGGGACGGUGACGAUGGCCUACCGGUCAUCUAUCACGGCCAUACCUUGACAUCGAAAAUAUCGUUCAAAAAAGUCAUCGAAAUUAUCAACGACAAGGCAUUUGUGGCCAGUCCUUACCCGGUUAUACUGUCACUGGAAAACCACUGUUCCCUACCGCAGCAGAUAAAAAUGGCCCAAAUAUUUGUCCAGAUAUUCGGCGACAAACUGGUCACCCGAUUCAUGUUCGAUUCGGACUAUUGGGACGAACCUCAGCUGCCGUCACCCAAUCACCUGAGAUAUCGGAUAUUAAUAAAGAAUAAGAAACUAAAAGCGCCGGCAAUUAGUCCGCAAGCGGCGGCGGCGGCGGCCGCGGCCAUGAAUAUGCCGCGUCAAAUGCGCGGUAUGUCUGUAGCCGGCACUGCCGGCAACCCGACCACCGCCACUGGAUCGUCGCCGUACUCCAAGUCGUUCAGCGGACGUACAAAUAGUCUGAUAUCGACGGCAAGUACUGGCAGUCUGAACGAAGAAGAGGACGACGAAUAUGAAGACGAAGAGGACGACGACGAAGCCCUGGACGAUGCCCUACAGGCCUUGAAUGCCGCCGCCGCUGCCGGCGGCGGUGGUGGUGGUGGUGGCCGUAGUAAUAGUAGUGUUGGUGGCGGCGGCGAUCAACAACAACAACAAUCGGUGGUCACUAAGUCGCCGGCCGUCAAAACUGAAUCAUCAUCGAGUCAGGAGUGCGCCAGUAGUUAUGGUGGCGGCGGUAGUGAUCAUAUUAGCAGCAGUACUACCGGAGCCGCUAAUACUACUACCACCGCAACCAAGAGUGCCAAUACUCAUCAACGGUCGACCAGUUCGCCAAUGAGUGUCAGAUCGCCGCGUAGUCAUAGCGACACAUCUGACCAUCAUCAUCACCAGCACCGUCAGCACCAACACCAACAUCAACAACAACAACAACAACAACAGCAGCAGCGUCUGGUGUACGACGCGGCCGACUAUUAUGCCCAACAAAUGUCGACAAUUAGUACACUUCACGCCCAAAACAAAGCCAACCGAAAAUCCAGUUCACAGAUUGCGCCCGAACUGUCCGAUUUGGUCAUCUAUUGUCAGGCUAUCAAGUUUCGUGGUUUUUCGGCAACGACGGCUAACAGUGGCAUCGGUGGCGGCGGUGGAGGCAUUGGAUUACCGACGGCCAGUCCGACAAUGACCGCCGGCAGUGCAUCAGCAGCCGCUGCUGGCGUUAUUAUGACCGGCUCUUCAAUGCCUACGAAAAAGAUGGCCAACACCCGUAAGCUGGUGGCCUCGGCAGGAGCCGUACCCGGCGGUACUGGCGGUUCGGUUAUUGCUGGACAGCAGUUACCCGGCGGUGGCGAGUGUAAGAGUCCGGACAUUCGCGAUAGCGUACCGUCACCGACACCCAUGUCAUCGGCUGUAUCGUCAAUGGCCACCACCACCAACAACAACAACAUACCGCUGACUACGGUAACCGCUAACAGGAGGCCAACGGUAAACGGGGCCUGCUAUCAGGUAUCGUCCAUCAAUGAAAAUACGGCCAAAAAACUGUGUCGCAAAAGUCCGCUGGCCGUUAUCGGGCAUACUGUUGGCCAGAUUAUGCGUACCUAUCCGGCCGGUAUGCGCAUCGAUUCAUCCAACUUUAAUCCGGUAAUAUUCUGGGCAUUUGGACUCCAGUCGGUAGCCCUGAACUACCAGACAGUCGAUUCGGCCCUACAUAUCAAUCAGGCUAUGUUUGAACAGAACGGCGGGUGCGGUCUCGUACCGAAACCGCCGGUAAUGCGCGACCGACAGCACGUGAUGUUUGGCCGAUUCAAUCCGUGGGAUAAGGAGUUUGACGGACUGCACGCCAUUAAUCUGACAAUAACUAUCAUAUCGGGUCAGUACGUAUGUCCGACAACCAACACCGGUAGUCCACUGGUGGAACUGGAGGUAAUCGGUAUACCCGUUGAUUCGGUACGACAGCGUACGAAAAUUGUCCAACGAAACUCAUUGAAUCCCAUUUGGAACGAUACGUUYAUGUUUCGGGUAACGUUCAGCGAUCUGGCAUUUCUACGCUUCUCCGUAACGGAUGCCGGCACCAAUCACGUUGCCUCCCAGCGGGUCCUACCUCUGCARUGCCUGCGCCAAGGCUACCGACACCUGAGGCUCAGGUCGCCCCAGAAUCAGUCGCUACAGUUAUCAUCCCUAUUCAUCUAUUCCCAGUACGAGGAAGAGGGUCUGGACUAUCAUCCCGGAGCUUGUGGUGGURGUGGUGGUGUCCAACAACCAUACGGUUCGGACGGUGAUAGGGACGGUAUGGUCAAUGGCCAGUCACAGGUAACUACCGGCGGUACGGGCGGCGGCGGUAGCGGCAAACAGCGUACCCGUCGUAUACAUUCAAGCGCUGCCGACUUUAGCCGACUGGACAGUCGAGAUCAGUCGUCGGCUGCGGCGGCGCCGCCACCAGUCAGGCGUCGUAUGUUUUUUCUGGUCAUUCACGGUGUAGUAGCCGACGAACCGUCGACUAUAUUGAAGAUUACACAGGACUCGACAUCRACGGAUGUUAUACAUCAGGCACUGACCAAAGCWGGGAAACCGGUGGAUACGGCMGCCGAUUAUGUCCUCAUUGAGGAAGUCCAGCGCGGAUGGGAUCGUAAACGUGUWAACGARAGGAAUAUUACACAGAGRAUACUGGAUCCAGAGGAACGGCCAUUGGAGGCACAGUCUCAAUGGAAAGGAGAGGGCAGGUAUGUCCUGAAAAAAGUAUCGGACGACCCGAGCACCAGGGCCUGGAUGUCGAGCAUACGUAACGCACAAAAGGAUAGACAGCGUAAUAAUAAUACUAAUAAAUUGGAUUCAAAUAACCCGGACCUACAGUCCGACCAGUUGGCCAACGAAUGGACCGACGAAACCUAUACGGCCGAUACGUUUUUGGUUUGUAUCUAUAAUGUCAGUCCCGAUCAGCCGUACACCAUAUUGAAGUCGUCAGCCGAUAGUACAGCCGCCGAUAUCAUAACCCAGGCACUGGUCAAAGCCAGACGACCCGAACCGCACCAGGAUUUGGCACUGAUCGAGGAAUUGGAGUAUUUUACCGAUACUGGCGGCGGUUGCGGCUACGGUGGCGGCGGUGGUGGUCAGGAAUCUGGUCAGACAUCGUCGUCAUCGUCUAAAAAAUCGGGUAUCAAAUGGCGUCGYGUAUUAGCCGACGACGAGUGUGUCUAUUAUGUACAACAAAAUUGGAAAACUAAAGGCAAAUUUGAAUUGAAAUUACGCAAAGAUUUGACGGCCACUGAUAUGACGGCUGACCAACAAUCGGCGAACAAGUCGUGAC